AAGAAAAAUGCAUUCGUUUACAAUACUAUUAUCAAUCAUCGCCACCUACUUAGUUUACUCCAACGGGGAGAUAACAAUCAAGAAAAUCACCGGCGGUGUUAGCGGUACAGGCAACAGUUCACGUUACUGGGAUUGCUGCAAACCUACUUGUUCUUGGCCUGGAAAUGUCCAGUACAAGCAACCUGUUAAAGCCUGCAAAGCCGACGGAAAAACUCCCAAUGAUCCGGAAAAUCAAUCCGGUUGCAUCGGAGGUCAAUCCUACACUUGCACCCAGCAGCAUUGCUACUCCAAAAAUGACACCCUAGCUUAUGGCUUCGUGGCGGCCCAAUUCAACGGUGCAAUGACCAAAGGUCGCAACAUGUGCUGCGCCUGCGUACUACUCACCUUCCACACCUACUGGCCUUCCACGUUGAACGGCAAACAGCUACUCGCCCAAGUGACUAACACCGGCAACGACGAUCCGGACCCCAAGGACAAUCUCUUCGACAUCGCCAUGCCCGGCAGCGGCGUCGGGUACUACGACAAGGGUUGCACCACGCAGUGGAACACCACGGAGGAGAUUUGGGGCAACCAGUACGGCGGGCUCGAUCACGAGCGCGAUUGCUACAAUCUACCGGAGCCUUUGGUGGACGGUUGCUUGUUCAGGUUCCAGUGGAUGGCGGCUUACUCGAACCCGGACGUCUCCUUCGAGGAGGUGGAGUGUCCGCGGGAGUUGCUCGAUAUCAGCGGAUGUCCGCCGGUUUCGCCACCGUAAUACGUUGAAUUUAGUAUACAGGGUGGUCCAGAACUCACGCCCCACCGGGAAAUGCCUUGUGGAAGCGACAAUGGAGAUGCCAAAAUUGGAAUCGAAAACAUGAAAAAGUUGUUCUUUUGGUAAAUAAAGAGGUUCAA